AUGAGAAAAGUUCAAACACCAGGAACAAUUGCUGCAGUAUGGCUUUCUUCGUGUUUCUAUUUUUACUAUAUUUUAUUUCGAAAAAAAGCGAUAAAAGAGAAGCGAAUUCAUCUUGUGAUUUCUACAUUCGAACCAUUAUUUAAUUUCACAGAUAUUGAGACUCUUGAAAAUCUCACUAUUCAUAGAUCAGUCAUGAAAAAUCAGCAACAAAUGGUUAUCACAACACCACCAGCUGAAGAGGAAGAAGAAUUUUGUUUUCCU